CUAUGAGGACUUGUUCUUCAAUAAUAACGUCAAAUAUAAGCCUUGCUUUCCUAAUUUCCAUUAAUAUUUUAAUAUUAAGGGGAAACCUCAUUGAAACUUCUGCAUAAACAUAUUAUCCAUAUAUUAAAAUACUUGAAGUUUCUCCAUAGGAGUUGCUGCAGUUUCAUCCAUAGCUCCCUGAAAGAGGCGAACCCAACAUGGGGAAGAAGCUUCGAAAUAAAACGAAGAAACAACAAGAGAAGCAUGAUCCAGGGCAUGACAGAAGAAGAAACAAUUUUGAUCCCCAAACUUCAAAUGCAAAAAGGGAUGCAAUUGAAGAAAGAGCUGCAAAUGAUUUAAUUAGCAUGUUACCGGAUGACCUGCUUAAACGCAUCAUUUCCUUACUCCCUUUGAGAGAUGCGGUGAGAACCGGUUUCCUCUCAACUAGAUGGAGAGGCCUUUGGAAAGCAGGACUUGAAACCCCAGAGAAAGAUGGAACUGUGGAUGAAAUUAGCCGGGAAAUUGGCUACUUCGUUGACGAUGCUCAUGAACUUGGUCUGUUAACUAGGGGUCAAGAAUUCAGCUCUAUCCUUGAUCUGAAAAAACAUUCUAGGAGGCUUCGUUUUAAUUUUGGGCAUUCUAGUUUCCUCCUAGCUACCAUUUUGUCUAAUGGGACUCUUCAUCUGGAUUUCUACUCUAAGAAGUAUAAGUCUCCCAUUGAUUUUGAUUUGCCUUUGAAGGCUAAAUAUUUUCCCAGUUGGGCCUGGCGGUACAUACAUUAUUAUCCGUACAUUUCAACAGCUUCCCCUUCCAACUCUAUCAGGGCUCUCCAUUUAAUAGCAGUGACUAAUCUUACUAGUGAGGCAGUUUCUUCCGUACUCUCAAAAUUUCAUUUUCUUGAAAGCUUGAUAAUCAAAGAGUGCCAUGGAUUACAUUCUUUACGUGUUGAUGCCUGUUCUUACUUUUCACACUUGACGAUUUGGAACUGUCUCCAACUGAAGUCCCUUCAUUUUACACGUAGUGAAAUUAACAAAUUUCGGUUUCGUGGGCUCCUUCCGAGCUUUACUUGUGGAUAUUUUGGCCAUCGAUAUUUUGGCCAUCGAUAUUUCCCAGACAUGGAAGAUGCCAUGCUUGAUUUUAGAGGAGGCCCAGGCUAUGAUUAUUUUACAGACAUGCAUUGGGACUCACUUAUAUCAGCCAUUAGAAGUGUUCGAAUUCUUACUCUAUGCAGGUGGACUUUUGAGGAAGUGAUCAGACAGCGGCCAAGACCAACCUGGCUAAGAGAUCCAACCUUUGAGUUCUAUAGAUUAGAAGAGUUACAGUGGAUCGACAAUGCAGUAGACAAACACAGCAUUGAUGCUCUCAUCUCCUUCCUGAAAAAAUGUCCUUCGUUGCAAAAACUAUACAUUAACAUUGACCCCACAAGUUACAGCAGCCCGAGAGCAAGAUACUCAAUUCAAGAUUUUGAUUGCAAAAGAUUACAUUUUCUUGAAGUUGUUCAGUUGGGGGGCGUAAUGAAAGCAUGUGACAUGAUGUUGCUGGCUGCUCGUUUACUUGAUGUGGCCACUAAGAGGACGAAGAUCAUAGCAAAAUCAAAUGAGAACCAGAUAUGGAAAUUGGAGGAGGUAUCUUUGUCUCAGCUGUGGCAAUCAUGUGGAGAUCAGAUGUUGGAAUUAUAUAGGGAUGGAAAAACAGAGUCUCCCUUAUUGCAGGAAGGGAUGAAACGCUACAUGUUUGUGGAAGUAAAUGAAGAGGAGAGUGGCAAGCUAUGUUCCAAACAUGCUCAUGCUGACUUGUAAAUGCAUCUUUUGUCCCAAACUAUUCUUGUGUUAGAAACCAAUUUCAGUGCAACAUUUUGGUUAUAUUUAUCAAAUGUCAAACGAUGUUUCUUGCUCCCAUAAUUUUGAGCCAUGUUACCUUUGCAGUCUCAGAAUUUGUUUUUCUUUCCCUUUUUCACUACCCUCCAAUACAUGAGCAGCAUAUGUACUAAAUGGUGGAAGUCACAACCCUGGAAGACGUGCAGUUUCAUCUUAUUAGUAAAAGAGCUAAGACCAGCACGAGGAAGAACGGAAACAAGAAGAAAAAUCAACACAGAAGGAAUAUGUAUGAUUCUGAUACUACAAAAGCUGAAAAGCAGAUGCCAUGCUUGACUUUAGAGGGGACCCAAGCUAGUGUGUCUUUCAGUACAUGGACCUGGAUUCAGUAUCAUCAUCCAUAACACAUGUUCGAAUUCUUACACUGAGUGGAUGGAGUCCUUUUGAUGCAGCGAUUGGACCAAGGCUGUCCACAAGACCUUCAACCUUUCUAUUCCAUGAAUUAAAAGAGUUAUGGUGGAUUGAUAACUCCCUGGACAAAUACGACAUUUAUGCUCAGCUUUCCUUCCUGAAAUUAUGUCCUUCCUUGGAGAAACUAUUCAUAACUGUGACUGUCUUUCUAACACAUUUUUCUUGGCUAACUUCCUCAUUGACCACCCUAAUCACUGAUUCUGAUCAUAAUUCUGUGUGUCCUGCCAAUGAAAUUUUCAGAUUGAUCCUAGAAGCUAUGGCACCCCAAGCAGAAGUGAAUGCCAAGUGAAGUAGCUGGAUUUAAAAGAUUGCAUCAUCUUAAAGUUGUUAAAUUGGAGGGAGCAAUGAAUGAAGAGGACAAGAUUCCAUUGAUAGAGCAUAUGCUUGAGCUAGUGAGUGUGGAACCAUUAAUCAUAGCAAAAUCACAUGAGAGUCGGAUAUGCAGAUUGGCAGAGGUCCCUAAGGAUCAGAAAAGGCGACACUGUUAUAAGUUUGUGGAAGUAGAAGAAUGUAGUAGUGAGCUAUGUUUUAAACAUGCUCAUAUAGAUAUAUGAAAGCAAACUCCUUAGCAAA